AUGCCUUUUUUUAAUUUUCCUUUCACUGCUGACAAGACUGUGAAGAACAGGGCAUUGAUAGUGUCUGUGGGGAACUUCUAUCCAGGUGAAGAUCUGAGCAAGAGACACGGCGUGAAGAGAGACAAUCAAAGACUUCACGAAAUCCUCAGCAAGCUCGGCUUCUCUGUGAAAAUCAUAAUGGACAUCGAAGCAGAUGAGAUCUAUGAAGCAGAGAGCAAGAAGACGGUCAAAGACUGUUUUGUGGGAGUCAUAUCCAGUCACGGUGAGGAGGGUGUUGUGUUUGGCGCUGACGGAGGAUCCAGGCUUGUCGAGGGGCAUGGGUUGGAUGAAGGUGUGGAGGCCGACUCUUCAUUCUCAGAGGAAGAGGACGGAGUGUCUGAGCUGUUUUCCAUCCCUAUUGACACAGCAGUCAUGUACGCCACAUCUCCAGGUUACGGUGCAUUCAUGCAUCCUGCGGGCUCGGAGUUGAUUCAAACCUUUUGUAAUUUGCUAGAAGAAGAAGGAGGUCCAGAUCUGGAGAUCACAAGACUCCUCACUCGAAUAAACUUCCAGGUGGCCUACAAUUUUAAAUCGAGAGGGAAAACGUUGGGCGGCAAGAAACAGAUGCCGUGCUUUGUGACCCGCUUUACCAGAGAGGUUUUCCCGUUCAGGAAGAUGGCAGCAGAAGAAGAUUUGAGCUUGACCUUUGCAGCAACACAGCUUAUCGAUGAACCCAAAAGAUCACGGAAGAGCUCCAUCAGCUGAACAGAGACUGACUGGAAGAAUAUGUGGAGAAACUGAUUCAUCAUGUUAUCUCAUUUGAUGAGAUAACAUAGCAUCACGGGCGCACGGGCAAUAGGAAGUGAGGUGUUGGGAAACGUGCAGGAUGUGACUUGUUUUAUAGUGAUGUGUUUGCUACUUCAUUUUAUGCAUUUUCCUAAAGUAAAACAAUCAUUUUUUGUUUCAUUUAAAAGAGUACUGAAAAAAAAAAAAUAUAAAAAAAUGUAUAUAUAAAUCUUGAAAGUUCUUAUUUAAGUGUAAAGUGUUUAUCUGUAUUAUAUGUGACAUUUAAAUAAAACCAAAAU